CUAUAUAGGUACCCGAACAGGGGGGAAUGGGUCACAAGUCGAAAUGGAGAGGAGGUUAGCGUUAGUCCUUGGACUCUUGGUGGUCUCGGCAUCUUCGGAGGACCCAAACGCAGCGGCAGACGGGAUUUACUCCGAAUGCGUUCUGUCCCUCAACUACCCCUGCCUCCAGAGGAAGGCGCUCGUCUUCAUCGACCGGCUCGGCCGCUCGGAAAAGUUCCCCUUGGUCGGUGACGGUAUCAUAUCCCUGGUCAGGACUUCGCCACCGGCCGAGGAAAUCAAGGAGGAAUCGCUGAGGAGCCUUGACGGAGACACACUGGGAGAUAUGGUCGACACGUCGGUCGUCGACUUUUUCCAAACUCACGUUUUCAGGCUUGAUUUACCCGAUUGGCUCAAAACGCCGGGUUCGAGGUCGGACAACGCACUUGACUUCUACGUUGGCGAUAAUGAAGUUGAAGAAGGAAGGAAGAAGGGCGGCGGCGGAGGCGGUGGUGGUAAAAAGGGAAUGAAGAAGAUGAUGAUGUCCAUGUGCAUGAUGAUGGCGGGCAAGUUCAUGAUGCUCGCCCCGUUGCUUCUCGGCCUCACGAAACUUGCGGCCAUCAAGGCUCUCGUCAUGGCGUUCGUGUCGCUCACCAUUUCGAAGAUCAUCAUCCUCAAGAAGCUCAAGAGCCAGAAGGGCGGUGGCGGUUGGUCCUCGGGUGGCGGCGGAGGCGGUUGGUCUUCAGGAGGAGGUGGAGGUGGUUGGUCUUCAGGUGGCGGAGGCGGAGGCGGAUGGGACAGGAGUUUCUCGUCUCACGAACUCGCUUACAAAUCCCACCUUCAGGAUAACUCUGCGUGACAAGUCACAGUCAAAUAAUAUCGUUCAACGGUAUUCAGAGUACAAAAGUUUUAUUUUUGUUUUGUGA